AAAAAAUAUUCCAAAAAUAGUAGAGUUAUAAUACGACUAAAAUUGAGCAUAAACUUGCUCUACAAGUAAUAUACUUCGUCUACUUCUUCCAAAAAUGAAUUUUUCAUAGGGUUUCAAGAUUCAAAUCAUGGUGAAACUAGAAAAGGAAGAUAUUGAAGCCGCAUUGCUUCUUUCUUGGUUGAAGUACGUCCCUGUAGAGCCUAAAAUUGUGGAGAAAUCGAAGAGAAAGCUUCGAAGAAUCAACAAAAAUGAAACCCCAGAACUUCAAAUUUCGAAAAGUGUGAAAAAUUCACCUUCUGCUUCUGGUGCUGGAAACCCAAAAAGGGUUCGACUGUCGAGCAAUUUUAAUGGCCGUGAAGCUGCUUCUAGUUCUAGAAAUUCCAAUCCAGUUCCAAAAAGGGGUCGUACUUUGCCUUCGAAUUUACCUGGGUCUUUACCAAAAUUCCCCCCAAUUGAGAAUUUAAGAACCCUAAUUGGACAAUGCAGUAACCCAUUUGUGAAGCAAUUGACGAAUUCCGAUGUGGAUGAACAUCAAGGUAGGCUCUUACUCAACAAUGAAUAUGUAAGGAAACAACUUCUCCCAUUGUUGAAUGAAAAAUCUGAAGAUCUUACUACUGGUAUCAGUGUUAAAACUUUUGAUCCAAUGGGUAAAUAUUGCAACAUGAUAUUCAAAACUUGGGGGAAUCACAAAACUUAUCUCCUCUUAGGAAGCUGGAAACAGUUUGUUCAAGAACAUGGAUUGAAGGAAAGUGAUCGUGUUACUGGUUGGAUGUUUCGCCAUAGUCGAACUGGUGAGCUCUGUUUUGCUCUAACAUGGUGAAAGGAAGACGAAGAACAUUUAAAAAUGGUAAAUAGAUUAAUCAUUAGUGAUUAGUGAUUGAUUAGAAUUGUUUAGUUUUUUAUUAGUUGAUUAUAAUCUGAAUGGGAUGGUUCUAAAUUUUGUUUGCUUCUUUACUAUUAAAGAGG